AUGCAGACUCAGUUGAAAGACCGAAAGGAGGAGGCCGAUUCGCUGAAGGCCGUGGCCUUCUUCGGCGUCGCUCUGGCCACAAUUGCCACACUUUCCUGCGUGGUUCUUGUGCCCAUGGUCUACAGUCACAUUCAACAUGUACAGUCGGGCAUGCAAAGUGAGCUGGAUUUCUGCAAACUGAAGUCCGGAAAUAUUUGGAAAGAGGUUUCAAGGACUCAGGCAAGCUUUCUUAAUCUGCAUUUGUUUUUUGAAAUCCUACUUGCUAAAUAUUUUGGAAGUUAUUGGUUUAUUUUAUUUCAGGUUCUCUCUAAAGUCUUCCCUCGCGUUCGUCGUGACGCUGGCUAUGACUCAUCUCCCGCUAGCCCAGUCACCUCUGCCCCAUCUUCAUCCUGGGCCUCAUCUCUUCCAAGCCCAGCUCCUCAAAAUAACUGCUGUGGAUGCGGAACUUCUCCUCGUGGACCCCCAGGCCCUAAGGGAGAGGAUGGAGAGCCAGGGCAUGAUGGAGCCCCUGGAGAGCCCGGUGCUCAAGGGGAAGAUGGACAUCCUCCCCUCCCAGCACCCAAAGUCGACUUCUGCUUUGAUUGUGAAGAAGGCCCUCAAGGUCCACCCGGAGCUCCAGGACCCAAAGGACAAGUUGGAUGGCCUGGAGAACGGGGAGAGCCAGGACAAUACGCAGAAAUGGGACAGCCAGGACCAAUUGGAGAACGGGGACCACCAGGAGAAGCAGGACCUCAAGGACGCCCUGGGAACCGAGGACAUCCCGGCCGUCUUCUGCCAGGCCCAACCCUUACUGGACCACCUGGCCCACCAGGUCCAGAAGGUCGACCAGGAAUCCGUGGAGAGAAGGGAGAACCAGGGAAACCCGGACUCAAGGGAGAAGCCGGCAAACCCGGUCCAGCUGGUCCAGACGGCCGUCCAGGAAAGAAGGGACCCGCUGGAGAAGAAGGAAAGGUCGGGGAACCCGGUCCCAAAGGAAGCUGCGACCACUGUGGACCUGCCAAAACUGCUCCAGGCUAUUAG